UCCACCACUUGGAGUGCUGUUACAAAUCGUAUCCUUCAGUUGAUCUCUCAAUCGACUCUUCAGGAGAAUGUUAUCAGCUCCGGGCCACUGUUUCGUAGCUCCUCGGCUACUUGGUUAGCUCUGUGUUAGCCUCUAAUGUCAGCACCCGUCAGCGGCACCUCGGGGUCGGAAUGCCUCGGAGAAAGAAAAACGGCCAGAGCCCGGCCAGAGUCCCCGGAGGGCCGCCGGAGGGGGCAAGCCUCGGCCACAGCAACGCGGGUUAUUCCCGACUCCCUCUGGGAUACGACGGCACCAUGGCGAACAACUUUUCAACCGGCGACUCGCUGUCAGGCUCCACCAUCAAGGAGGAGAUCGUUAAGAGCAUGCAGGAGAUGUUUUCGUACCUGGACCCAGAAGUGAUCUACAUCGUGCUGUCCGAGUGCGACUUCAAAGUUGAACAUGCGAUGGACUCCCUCUUGGAGCUCUCUGUGGCUGCUGAAGGUGCAGCCCCUAUUCCUUCUCCUGUCUCUGGCUUUGAGCGCACUGCUGAAGCGCUGCUCAGACCCCAACCCUUUCCUGAACCUCGGCCAGGCCCGGACUUCUCCAAACCAUCACAGCAGCCGUACUCUCCACCCUCAGACAAUCUCCUGACGGAGGAGCUGGACCUACUAGUGGAUCAGGAGCUAGAGACACUGACUGCAAAGCAGGAAUUUAUUGACGAUGAGAGCAGACAGUAUUUAUCCACUUAUGCACCUCUUUCCUCGUUCCCUCUGCCACCGUUCCCACAGCAGCCCCUCCCUGAGCUGCUUCAAUCCAGCCUGAAGUCUAGAUCCAGAGGACCCUCUGCCAAGCAGCCCUGCGCAGUGGGAGGACUGGAGGAGCACAUGUCUCCUUCCUUACCACUCAACGAGCCCAGAUCUUGGGAUGACGACACCAUGCAGGGGCAGCAGUCAGCAACAGUGGUGGAUUUCAAACAUCUGUUGACAGAAACACCUGCGGACAAGCUGAAGCCUCCUUUAGACCUGGCAGCUUCAGGACGUCCAUCGGCUUUCCAGGUGUACAAAAAAGAGACGUCACACGGUCCGUCAGAGGGGGCAGGGAUCCCUCCCUCUGAUCGGAUAGUUGGCGGAGCAAGAUCUAAGGUGAACUUGUUGAAUCGGGGGCCGCUCGGCUACAUGUCAUCACCUUGGAACCUGGGGGCGCCAGAGUUUUCUCCCCAUAUUCAGAGAAACCAGGGACCAACUUUCAUUACUCCUGUGGCUCAAACACCCUCCAACUGGCCCAGCCAAACUAGGCAGGCCUCUCCGUGGCUGAGUCAUGCUCCUGUCAGUCAAGCGCCUCUCAAACCUUCAGCAACUAUUCCAAAGUCCUGGGCCCUGCCUAGUGCUCCACCGAUCCCUGCUCAGCACAGUCGGCUUCGUUUGGAAGGGAAGGUGCUCGUGAUGCUUCGUGGCGCUCCAGGAUCUGGCAAGUCAACUUUGGCACGUGCCUUGUUAGAGCAUAACCCUGGUGGAGCUAUAUUCCGCACUGAUGACUAUUUCACCCGCCCUGGAGGUGAAUAUCACUUUGACCCCACUGCUCUAGGGGAGGCCCAUGAGUGGAAUCACAAACGAGCCAAGGAAGCGUUUGAGAGGGGCACUUACCCCAUCAUCAUCGACAAUACCAACAUGCAGGGCUGGGAGAUGCGACCCUACGUGAUUCAGGCGCUGAAACAUGGAUAUAAAGUGCUGUUCCGAGAGCCGGACACGUGGUGGAAGCACAAGCCCAGAGAACUGGAGAGACGCACUACACAUAAUGUGUCAGUGGAAACAAUCCGCCGCAUGCUCAACGGAUAUGAGCGCUUCGUUACAGUCCGCUCUAUUAUGGGCUCACACAUACCUGAGUGGAAAGGGCGCCUCCUUCUGGACAACAAAAGCUCACAGCCGGUGUCCUCCAAAACACCUUGUCCUGAUCUGGUUGGGGAACCGGGAUUAACUGAGGGUUGUAAGAAUCCCCGUACCCAGCUGUUUUCCUCUCUCCCCGAUGUGUCAUCUAUUGGUCGUUCUAGCGAGGGGGGGAAACUAGGAGAUAGCACCCACCAAUCUACAGGGUCCCUCAAUAUCCAGCCUGCUGAAAGACCUACUGAAAACCCCAAAAUGGCCGGUGACUUGGAUUUGGGGGAAUUAGAUUCUGUGCUGGAUGCUCAGUCACAGCUAAAUAAUUCAGUAGCAGAUCAGAGAAUCCCGGACUGUAUUGUGGAAUCAGUGAUGAAUGAAGAUCACAGAAGGGAUGAAAUACCUGUGGCUUUCUCUGCGUCUAUUGGACAGAGGGUGCGGAGAGAAAGGCCGAGCAGGAGGUCUGAGUUUGACGGGUUGGAGCCUGCAGAUCUGUUGAAAGAUACCAACCAAUCAGAGAGUGAGGACAAAGAAGACAAGGCAGGAGGAGUUGAUAUUGUGAGGGAUGUGGAAGAGAUGGGAAUGCCUAAAAUGUUGGAUUUUGUAGGCGACUGGCCUUCUGAAGGAUCCCUUGACCAGCGACAGAUGAGGCGACAAAAAGAAAGAAAUAGGAGAGAAGAAGAAAGUGUCCCUCAACAGGUCGAUGAAAAUGAAAUUAAAGUUCAACCUGGGCCUGAUAUAACAGAGUUUCAGAAGGUUCUGGAUCCUCUGCAGACCGGUGAAGGGCCCAUUCAGAUCAGUUCUACACAUUCUUCCUCCCUUUCUUUGAGCUCUGAUGAAGAACUAGUGAAAGGAGCGGAGGCAGGUGGCAGAGAAGAAAGGGAGCAAAACAUGAACACAAGAGGUGAACUGCCGGACUGUGUGUUAGCCUGGAAAGCAUCUGACUCUUCUGGGGUCAGGAAAUCCAAGAUUGAUGAAAGGGAGGAACUUGAACCCGAAAAGGAAGCUAGUAGUUCAGCAGGAGGGAGUAAACAAGGUUCGGACAAUGACAGUACACAUCCUUCCUCAGCUGUCACUGCUGAUUCACUAUUUAUCCCCAAAACUGCAGAGACAAGUAUAUGCCAGGAUGAAGUCGGAAACCACAAAACUGAAGGUGAUGUUGUUACAGAGCCUGGAGAUAUGGACACUAACAGUAGCACAGGGGAUGGUAGAGAGACUGAAGCUGAUUGCAGCCUUAUUAGCGAGGGCUCUGUGGAAGUAGAAGGCACUACUUUCAGCGGAGGCAGUCAGGAGAGGAAGCAGCGUCCGGGUCGCAGAUCGGGGAAGCAGUGCAAGCUCGCCCUCACCUUCACUCAAAACUGUCCUGGAUCUUUGUUGAAUUCCCCUGAGUCCCCCAAUACCACAGCUGAAAUUAGACACAGUAGUCAGAGUAUAAUAAACACAGAUAUCAAACCUAGCUUGAAUCCCAACUGUGAUUCAAGCCUUAACCUUAAACCAAGCAUUAACCCAUUCACGGAGUCCAAAUCUGAGGCACACGCGCAGCCGCCUCCUCCCCCUGUUUCUCCGGUAGUCACUGGCUGCUUCACUCAGACUGAACCUCAGGACGUUGCCCUUAUGUGGCGUCUGAAUCGUCGAGACAGCCCUGACGAUGCAAUCCUUGCCACAUGCAGCCAUUUCAAAGUCCUGUAUGGUGACGCUUCUCGCUUUGUGCCCGAGAAGUCCCCUGCAACUGUGGCAGCCCUUGCAGGUCAACCCUUCGGCAAAGAGGAGAUACUCUACCGUGUGGCGCACGAGAAAGGCACUCAGGUGGAGGAGAAGGAGCUCGGAGGAACUCAAGGUCGACUUGAGAGCUUAUGCAUCCUAAGCCGUCAUUUUAAAUUAGUUAGUUUUGAUUCAUUAGAAGAUCUUUAUGACAAAUGCCAUCAGGACCUUGAGUGGACUACGAACCUGCUGCUAGACUCUGAAGAGAGGUUCUUUAAAGAGGAGGAUGGCGAGGAGGGGCAGGAGGAUGGUGCAUCGGGGGAGGAUGACCAGAGCACGUCGGCUGUGUGUGGAGGUUUAGACGACAUUGUAGAACCCAGGUUUUGUCCUAAUGUUUUAAAAGAACGCCUCCCUGAAGAUCUGUCAAAGGGAGGAGCAGCUGGGUUCGAGGAGGGUGCUCAGCAGUUAACAUCUGGGACUGUUAGUGAGUCAAAUGAGAGCAUCAGUAAUACAGAACUGUCAGGUUUUGAAAGUGUAGCUGCUUCGGUUAAAAACGAAGAUCAACUUGAUACAACCUCACACUCUGAAAAGAACCCGGACAGAGAACUUGUCCUGCAUAAAGCCACAAGAGAGAUUGGCCUCAUUGAACAUGAACUGAUCUCAGUACCUGAUCAAGAAGGUGGUGCUUGUGGUUUGGGCUCAGAUGAUGGUGUAAUAAUUGAAGAGUCAAGGACCGUGGCUGAGGACGAGAUCGCCAGCCUGGACGAGGUUCACCGGCUGAUGCAGGCUGAGCUAGAGGAGAUGGAGAGAGAUGAAAAGCGGAGGAAGGAGGAGAGAAGGACGGGACACCUGAACAUUCAAAGUGUGGAGCUGAAACUGCCAACUGAGGUGGCGCUACAGCUCACUGAACUGUUUGGUCCUGUGGGCUUAGAUCAAGAAUCAUGCUCCACUGACGACUAUGCAGUGCAGAUGGACCUGAGUCUGGCUAAGCUGCUCCACCAGAAGUGGAAGGAAACAAUCCAGGAAAAGCAGAGACAAGCUUCUCUUUCAUUCCACUUGCCUCAGGAAAGUUCAGGACACUGGCGUGAAUCACAGACGGCCAAACCAGGGCAACAAGAACAAACACACGCAGGACAUUUGGUCACCAAUGCUGAUGGUUACACGUCACUGAGCAGUCCAUCAGAGUCCCGUGGUCAGAAGCCGAUCAUGGACCACUGGAACGUGUUCCGUCAACAUGUCUCUCUCAGAGAUAUCAUAAAAGAGGAGCAGGCUUUGCAGGAGAACGUAGAGAAGACCAGACAAAGUCGUUCAGACCUGGACCUGCGAGAUGGAGCCACCUUGGUGAAAGAGAACAAGCUGUUCGCCCUCUUCCCCGCCAUUGACAGGCAUUUCCUCAUGGACAUCUUCAGAGACCACAAUUACAGCCUGAUGCAGACUGAGCUGUUUCUUCGCUCUCUACUGGACGAAGAACCCGUCAAGACAGUUGUCGCCCCAGAGGCUCCUCGCUCUGACCACCACAGAACAGCCAGCAAGGAGCGGGAAAAGAGGCAGAAGGCCCCGCAGUCGACCGUAACUGACUACCAGGAUGUGGAGGACCCAGAAUACGACGACUUCAGGGCGGAGGCCAGUCUGCAGAGGAGCCGACAGCUCGAGGGGUUUGCCAAGGCGGCCGAGGCCUUCAAGCAAGGACGCAAAGAAGUGGCCUCGUUCUACGCACAGCAGGGACACAUGCAUGGCCAGCGGAUGCGUGAGGCCAAUCACCGUGCAGCGGUUCAGAUCUUUGAGAGGGUCAACUCGACGCUGCUGCCCCGGAACAUCCUGGACCUCCAUGGGCUGCAUGUAGACGAGGCCAUGGAGCAUCUGGCCCAGGUCUUGCAUGACAAAACCACAGAGAGUCUGCAGGGUCUGUGUCGACCUCAGCUCUCUGUUAUCACAGGAAGAGGGAACCACAGCCAGGGGGGCGUGGCCCGCAUCCGCCCCGCCGUUAUAGACUACCUCACGAACAACCACUACAGAUUCACGGAGCCCAAGCCGGGGCUCAUGCUGGUCUCUUUGAAGUGAAAGGAAUCUGGUUUAUUGGAUUCGAACUGAAGCUGCUAUGAAGGACGACACACACUCACACACACAAUCCACAUAUACAACUGUUACGUUAUAUACAGUAUGAUAUUCUCAUCUUCCUUGUUUCUCUGGCCUGAUACUUGUUUUACAGUCCUCCCGUCUCCACUAGUCAUGGAGCCGCCAGAAGUCUUAUUUAAUCUUUAGAUUGAUUACUUAAGAUUUUAAUAUAAAUUCAGAGUUUAAUAAGAAUAUAUUUUUCUUUUUUGCGUAUAAAAGUGAGCUGUGUUGGCCUGAUAUCGGACAAAUAAGGUUUUUUAUACAUCUGCAAAGCCCAAUUGUAUGUACUAUAUAUUUUAUAAUAAUGUUUUAUAAUGUGGUGUAUUUACUUUAUGGCUUUUUUAAAGAAUGCUUUAAAAAAACCUUAUGUUUAAAACGCUACAUGCUCAAUAAGGCCUUGUUUCAUUUUUGAGCUAUAAUGAAAGUAUUUUAUGAAGAUUCCUACGAAUCAUGGUUUCUCACUGUCUGGUAGGAGGUUGUUGUCAAGGUUUUUAAAUAAUAUGACAUUUUGGAAACACAGUUUAAACUUUGCAUCGAGUACCAGCUAAUCCUGUAUUUUUUUCCCCUCUGUGUCGUAGUGUUUCUGUGUUUGUUGAUCAACACGAUGUGAGUUUUUCAGACGAUCAAAGUCCAUAAAUAGUUUUGAACUACACAUUUUUUAACCUUGGCUGUAUAUUCUGCAGCAGUCGCCCCCUGGCCUCUGCGACAUGCAUCUGUUAGUUAACCUAUAGCGUAAGACCUUACGCUAUAGGUUGGUUAUCAAACUCAGGGAAUGAUUGAAUAAUGAUGCAUUUUUUUCUCCUUUGAUGCCAGUCUGUCGUUUCCAGCCUGUUCCCUGUUCCUUUGUCUUAACAGCUCUGCCAAAUUUUGUAGCAGGUUUAAAAUCACCUCUGUUUUUUAAAACUGUGUGACGGCAACAGUGUUGGCCGAUUUUACUGGUUGUACAUAAUAUUGUGAUCACACGAUUGAUAAAGAGAAGAUUGUAUUUUUGUAUACAUUUGUUCGUGGGUUUUACAGAGAAUAUUGUACUAUGGAAUAAAAAUAUAUUUCUUUACAGUUAAA